AUGGAAACAAAACACAUUCAUGAAGGUAAGAAAAGCUUUUACUUCAUAUUCGCCGUUCUGCUCUCUGUCCUGCUGUUCGGCCCACAGCUCGCGGCUUUGGAGUCAGACGAGGUGGCCAUGACCGAGUGGGAGAUGUGGAAGAGCAGAAAUGGGAUAUCCCACGAAGACCUGGAGGACAUGCAAAGGAGGGCCAUCUGGGAGGAGAACAAACAGAUGAUUGAAGACAAUAAUCAACGGUUCCUCAUGGGGAGGAGGCCGUUCACGAUGGCCAUGAAUAAAUACGGAGACCUGACCAGACAAGAGUACCAGGUUUUGCAAGGCGCCGUGAUAAACUCCCAAUUCGUGAAGAGAGGGAAGACCGCCUCGAGCAAAAAGCUUCGUCACAACGCUAAGAAGUUUGAUGCUUAUGUUGUCGACUACAGGAACAUGGGUUAUGUCACGGAGGUGAAAGACCAGGGUUUCUGUGGCUCCUGCUGGGCCUUCAGCACUACGGGAGCCAUUGAGGGACAAAUUUACAAGAAGACGGGUCAGCUGGUGUCUCUGAGUGAACAAAACCUGGUGGACUGCUCCAGAUCUUACGGUACCUACGGCUGCAACGGCGCCUGGAUGGCCAACGCCUACGACUACGUGAUCACCAAUGGGCUGCAGUCCACAAACGCCUACCCGUACACCUCAGUGGACACCCAGCGCUGUUACUACGACAGCAGACAGGCAGUUGCCCACAUCAAAGACUACAGGUUCAUACCCAAAGGAGACGAGCAGGCCCUGGCUGACGCCGUGGCAACCAUCGGACCAAUCACAGUAGCUAUGGAUGCAGAUCACGCAAGCUUUCUGUUCUACAGCUCAGGAAUCUACGACGAGCCACAAUGUAACCCGAACAAUCUGAGUCACGCGGUGCUGCUGGUUGGUUACGGCUCUGAAGGAGGCCAAGACUACUGGAUCAUCAAAAACAGUUGGGGAAGCAGUUGGGGCGAAGGCGGCUACAUGCGAAUGGUCCGAAACGGAAGAAACACUUGUGGCAUCGUGAGCUACGCCUUGUACCCGAUUCUAUGA